AUGACUUCCAGCAAUGUCAGCUCCCGCGAAGCUCACAGGACUUCAGACGGCCCCAGGCCCCAUAGGCGCCCCUCCGGCGCCACGACCACCACCUCUUCCCGUCCCUCCGCAUCCGCCGCCCGCGACUCGGCCCAGAGCAACGCGACGGCCAGCGUCUUUUCGCGCACAUCCACCUCGACGGAUCUGACGGCAAGCUCCAGCACGGCUUCAUCGGCCGGCGGCCUGCUUCCAUCCCGUACAAGUGGAGGCGAUCGCGACUCCUUUGUCUCCAUCGUCGACGACCCCUUUUUCAGUCGCUUUGGCCCCGCCAUCGAAGAGAACGACGCCGAGACACCCCACCGCGAGCCGUCAUCCGAAGACGAAUCCUCCCCGACCGAUCGUGACGACAGCGAUGACAACGACAAGACCCAGCGCUGGCCGCCUCCACGUCGAGAGUCAUUAACUAUUGGCCCUUCGCAAUACUACUGGCGGAGGAGCUCCGGCUACAUGCCCCGGGGUGUCUGGGGACGCUCCGCCAUGGAGAGCUACAACGUCGCCGUCAUCGGCGCAUCCGCCGUCGGCAAGUCGACCCUCAUACAGCGUGUCUUUACGCUACCCCGGCCGCCCAUAUCCAACGCCUCGACCGUACGGCAAGUCGUGGACAAUGUUCCAAUCAUGGUCACCCUUCUCGAGCUGGAUCUCGACCACUUCGAAUUCAGUCCCCCCGAAGCAAUACAAUGGCCCAAGCAGAUUAAUGGGCAUAUCAUUCCUCGGGUGGAUUCUGCAUUGAUCCUCUACGACGUCACCGAUAAGAGGUCACUGCGUCAACUUCACGACGUCGCCACUGCUCUUGCCAACUCCAACCUUCCUGCCGUUCUUGUUGCUUGCAAAUGCGACGGCGUGGAGGAGGAGGACUGGGAGGUCGAUCCAGACAAAGUAGCCAUUCACGAGUGGUUCAAAUCGUGCAUCGCUAGCUACAAGGUGGCCAUAACGAAGCCCGAUGCGUGCCGAGCGUGCUUGCAAACCAUCUUGAGGGCUUCAAUAUCGCAUCGCAAAGACGACAACGGAGAGACAACGUCGCGAAGACGAGCCCGGUCAGCCGCCAACCUGGAGGCUCCCGAUCACACCGGAAGACCACUGAGCCAGCACAGCAAGCAUAGCCGAGCCAGCUCUGACUUUUCAGUUCUGCGCGGCUUCUCCAACGCGCAAGGAGGAGAUUCACAUCGCGCCCAAGCCUCGAGGAGUCCACGGCCAGGCUUCCGGUUCGAUAGACCAGGCGGCGAUUCAUUCCUCGAGCUGGAGGAGUCCGAGGGAGAGUCGCGCAGAAACUCUGACGACAUUCCGAUACUACAAAGGGGCGAUGAUGCGAUUGUCGAGAAGCAGCCGAGGGUCGCGGGUGUUACUUUCGACGAGCUUGUCGACCGCUUGCUCGCAAUGCGACUGUCUAGGGCAGAUAACAACUUCUCCGACAUCUUCCUCUGCUUGUAUCGAAAGUUCGCUGCGCCAGGAGAAUUGUUCUCCGCCAUCCUCCUCCGGCUAGAUCGAGUUCGCGACGACAAGACCGCACACUAUCUCACCAAGACAGCCACACAGCUGAGGAUUAUCGAGGUAGUGGCGAAGUGGGUGUCGCUGUAUCCCGGCGACUUCGCCCGACCAACGACGCGCCGCAAUCUCGAAGACUUCAUCAAACACCUCUCCACAGAGCCUGUGUUUUCCCUUGCCUCGCAGCAGAUGCGUCGAAACCUCCAGCUUAAUGUGAUUGUCGAUGAUGACACGGGGUGGGCAAACGCCGAUGACGCAGGCGACGAGCUUGCCAGCAAGAUCUUGUCCAAGGAUAUGAACGAGCUGCCCACUGGCAUGAAUGCCCUUCAGUUUGACGAAGAGACGGACGGACGACCUUCAAACAGCUCCGAGACGUCGGUCCCUGACAAGGCAAGCACGACAGGGUCGCAAUUCCAGUUCAACUCGUAUGAGGAGUACGAGCAGCAGGCGAGCCAGUUGGAGCCCACUGAUUACCUGCCCAUGAACAAGUUUCGAUACCACAUCUUCAUGGACAUGUCGGAUGAUGGUAUAGCCGACGAACUUACCCGCAUCGACUGGAUCAUGUUCUCUUCUAUCCGCAUUCGCGACUUCGUCCGCCACGUCAGCUUAUCCAGCGCGCAAAAGGAGAAGUGCAAGAGUCUGCGAAACGUGAAUCGCAUGAUCAACCACUUCAACCACAUCGCCAAAUGGGUUGCUAACAUGAUUCUGUUGAGGGAUAAGGCAAAACACCGGGCUCAGAUGCUGGCCAAGUUUAUGAACAUUGCCGUCAAGCUGCGGCAAAUGAACAACUACAACGGGUUGGCGGCGGUGCUGGCCGGGAUCAAUGGGACGGCUAUCCACCGGCUCGCUCAGACACGAGCUCUAGUGCCACCUGAUGUGCAAAAGCGCUUUGCGACGCUGACAAUCCUGAUGGGGACGCAGAAGAGCCACUUUGCGUAUCGUUUGGCUUGGGAAAACUCUCCGCUACCGCGGAUACCUUUCAUCCCCCUUCAUCGUCGGGAUCUUGUGUCGGCCGAGGAAGGCAGCAAGACGUUUGUGGGACCUGAUGGUGACCGCAUCAACUGGAAAAAAUUUGAGGUGCUGGGGGAAGUGCUACUGCCCAUCAUGAAGAGCCGAGGCACGGCGUAUCGCAACCUCAGCAAGCUCGAAAAUACCCGAGAUCUGAUACUGGGGUGCCGCAUGCCCACGGACGACGAGGAAAUCUACCAGCGGAGUUUGCAGGUCGAGAGCAGUUCGUCGGGCCCAGUAGAGCCAAGCAAGAAGAAGUUUCCUUGGUUUGCCAAGUAG